AUGGAGACGGGAGGAGGCGGCGGUGGCUGCGGAGAUGCUGGAAUGGGAGGGGGGAAGAAGGGGGUGUGGGGAGAGAAACUGGGGGGCACUGGUUCCUUACCCCCUGGAUCCAGCGUGGAUGUCUGGGUCUCUGACGGCCCCGAGAGCCUGAGAGAACAGAGGGAGAGAGGCAUCCAGGAAUCUCCCCUCUUCUUUCUACACCCCCAGACCAGGGACCGCUCAAAAGGAGACAGAGAGACCGAUUACUGUGGUGGGGAGGAAGGGGGAGGAGAAUCAAAAGAUCAAGAGAUCAAGCGGAAAAAUCGAGGAGCUCCCCCGCCCCCUUCUCUGCGGCUGACCCCCCCACCGGCCGCCGGCACGGCCCCCCCCUUCCCCCGGUGGUGGCCUUCGGCCCCCCGGCUGCCCGGGCCCGGCAAGCUGGAGUCACUGAAGCGGUGGCAAGAGGAACGGGUGGCCUGGUGUGAGCGGGGCGUUCAGGUGUUGCUGACCACGGUGGGGGCCUUCGCCGCCUUCGGCCUAAUGACCAUCGCCAUCAGCACCGACUACUGGCUCUACACGCGUGCCUUCAUCUGUAACACCACCAACCUGACCGGGCCCGGCGGAGGCGAGGAGGCCUCCUCCCCACACAGAGACAAGAAGGAUCCCGGUGGCCUCACCCACUCAGGGCUCUGGAGGAUCUGCUGCUUGGAAGGCCUGAAGAGAGGUAUCUGUGUGAAAAUCAAUCACUUUCCCGAGGACACAGACUACGACCAUGACAGUGCAGAGUAUCUGCUACGUGUGGUCCGGGCCUCCAGCAUCUUCCCGAUCCUCAGCGCCAUCCUGCUGUUGCUCGGAGGCGUGUGCGUGGCGGCCUCCCGCUUCUACAAGUCCAAGAGGAACAUCAUCCUGGGGGCCGGGAUCCUCUUCGUGGCUGCAGGCCUGAGCAACAUCAUCGGCGUGAUCGUGUACAUCUCGGCCAACGCGGGGGACCCGGGGGCGAAGCGCGACGACGAGAAGAAGUGGCACUACUCGUACGGCUGGUCCUUCUACUUCGGCGGCCUGUCCUUCAUCCUGGCCGAGAUGAUCGGCGUGCUGGCCGUCAACAUCUACAUCGAGAAGAACCGGGAGGCGCACUGCCAGUCGCGCUCGGACCUGCUGAAGGCCCCCGGGGCCGGGGGCCGCGGCGGGGGCGGGCGCGGGCGGGCCGGGGGCUCCGGGCCGGGCGGGGGGCCGGCCGCCAUCCUGCGCCUCCCCAGCUACCGGUUCCGCGCCCGCCGCCGCUCGCGCUCCAGCUCCCGCUCCACCGAGCCGUCGCAGUCCCGGGACGCGUCCCCCGCGGGCGGCAAGGGCUUCUCGGCCACGGACAUCUCCAUGUACACGCUGUCCCGGGACCCGUCCAAGGGCAGCGUCGGGGCCACGGCCGGCGGGGAGGGGGCGGGCCCCGGCCAAGGCCCCGGCCCCGGCCCCGGCCCCGGCCCCGGGGGAGCGGCCUUCAGCCCGGCCGAGAGGGAGCGGGGCGGCUUCCUCACCCUCCACAACGCCUUCCCCAAGGAGGGGGCCGUCACGGUCACCGUCACGGGGCCCCCCACUGCCCCCAGUGCCCCCAGUGCCCCCGCGCCCCCCGCCACCGGCACCCUGGGCAAGGAGGCGGCCGGGGCCUCCAACACCAACACGCUCAACAGGAAGACCACCCCCGUCUAGGAGCCCGGGACCCCCAGGACGCCGGGGCCGGGCCCGUCCGACGGGCAGGGGGAGGGACGGGCCGGGGGCGCGGGCGCACCACGGCCCGGGGACGAGGGACACGGCUGGGCCUCUCCCGCUUUGAGGGUCUUCUCCUUUCCCCCCUCCCUCCCCGCUUCUAACGAGUGCGGGGGGGGACAGGCUCAGAAGAAAAACGAAGGCCGUGGUGGCGUUUGCCGAGCGCUUCCUAACUGCCGGGCCCUGGACUAAGCGCUGGAAGAAUAACGGUGGUGUUUGUUGAGCGCUUAGUCCACCGCCAGGCACUGCGGUGAGCGCUGGAAGGAUCAUCAUCAUCAAUCGUGUUUAUUGAGCGCUUACUAUGUGCAGAGCACUGGACUAAGCGCUUG